AUGGGCGGGCAAAGUGGACCUGCGAGGCCGAGGCCACCGGCCUGACUGUCUUCACGCGCACUCUAAACGAGGUGGUCGCCGCAUAUUAAGGAUUUAGUUAAGUAGUAGCAUAGUUGCGUACACACCUGCAACGGAUUCUUGGCGCAGCAACAUGGCUCGCGCAGUUUCCGUGCUUGCCGCGCUCGCGCUGAUCGGGCUUCUCGCAUUUACUGCACCGGCGGCAGCUGAGCUAAAGGACAGCAUUGUGAUCAAGUGGACUUACCUAGCUCAGCGGGUUGUUCGUCAGCUUCGGCUUACCAACCAGCUGUCGGCAAAGCUUUAUGGCCAUGUCGGCGUGGCGCAGUACCUGGCUUACAAGCAGGCCAAGGGCAACGCGGCCGUAAAUGCCGACCUGGCGUCGGCCUUCGCCGCACACAGCGUGCUGGCCCGCACCAACCCCAACCUGGCGCCCAGCGUCCUCGACACCCCCCUGUACGAGGACGUGGUUGCCUCGGGCGUGAGCGUGGCUGUGCGCGACGCGUCCGCCGCCCUGGGCAUCAAAAUCGGCAUCGACAUCGCCACCGCCAGUGCCACCGACGCCGGCCUGCAGGUGUCGUACUACCGGCCCGGCUACCCCGACUCCCUGGCGAAGGACGACGUGUACGUGUUCACACCCGAGCAGAUCGGCGCGCCACGCGACUUCCUGCUCUACCCCAACUACGCCAACGGCUCCACCUUCAUCUACCCGGUGUCCAAGAUCCCCGCCCUGACCGCGCCCUACCUCAAGGCGCCCUUCAAGUUCGGCUCGGCGGACUUUGAGGCCGAGAACAAGGUGGUGUUGGAGCAGGGCGGCACCUACGCGCCCAACCGCACGCCGUACGACACCGAUACCGCCCGCUUCUGGCUGGGCGCGGUGAGCGGCUCCGGCGGCCAGGGCUCUGCGGGUGUGACCGGCAUGGUCCAGAACAUCUCCAUCGCGCUGCUGCCGGGCACCUACACGCCCGAGCAGCAGGCGGCCUUCUUCGCCAAGCUGGGCACCGCCUUCUACGACGCCAUCGUGGCGGUGUGGUACGUCAAGUUCAAGGUCCCCCGCUGGCGCCCGAUCACCGCCAUCCAGAAGUACUACAACGCCUCUUGGACUCCCCUGCUUGGCACCCCGCAGCACCCGGAGUACCCCUCCGCCCACCAAGGCAUCUUCGGCGGCGGCUGGAGCGUGCUGGUCCGCGAGCUAGGCGGCAAGACCGACUACACCUUCACAGUGAAGUCCGACUGGCCCAACAUCGCGGACCGCACCUACACCAACCUGAACGACGCCGCCGCAGAGGCCGGCAACAGCCGCAUCUUCGCCGGCGCUCACUGGGCCCAGGCCAACAACGAUGCCUUCGCCAUCGGCAAGGCGGUCGGCGAGUACAUUUACGACAACAUUGAUAAGCUCAUUUACGGAAAGCAGGCCCCGCUCAAGUGGUAAUCUGCUCGGCGCGUGGUCUGGUCCGGUCCGGUCCAGUCUGGUCUGUCCGUUGACUGGAGGACCGGACCGGACCGGUGAUGGGUGAUGCAUGUGUAUGCAUGUGUAUAUGCAUGGUAGCAAGGAGGAGGAGGAUGCAAUGGUAUACCUAAGAACGGAAGCAUUACAAUGCAACGCAGGUUUUGACUCGUGCCGUGUGUUAACGUCCUGCAAACUUCGGACCGCAGAAGCCCGUGCAUACAGCUAUCUAGUGCGGCUUCCGCGGCUGUGUGCCGUUGUGUGUUGAGAGGGAUUGUGUGCGAAUACAGCCCCCUUCCGCUCCCCAAGGGCAAGGAUGGCUGAGUUCUCGCUUCAUAUGUAUUUCCAGGUCGGAACUGAUUGAUACGGAUACGUUGCAUUCACACUAGCUUUCAUUUCUCUGAACGUGCGAGGGUGAGUGCAUGCUGGGUUCAUUUGGGGCAGGGCCAAAUCGAGAGAGUGCGGACUGGCGGUGUUAAAUGCGCGCCGGUUGGGGGGAUCACAGACCCAUGGGUUUGAGAAUGGGGGGUGGAACAGGAAAGGGAUGGUGUCCAAGCCCAGGGAUGAGCAAGCGCGCGCACGUGGGACGGUGGCGGACUGCUCGUCUAAAAUGACAGCCCGCUGGCUAGGGUGCCGUAACAGAUAGAUAGAUGCGCUACGGAGCGGGACGGAUGCCAUCUCGAUCCUUCACUCCUUGUGGUGUUUACAUGCGUCAUCCAAAGGCGUCAACUGUUGCUGUCAUCGAUACUGGCGGUUCUUCCAUCCGCGUCCAUCGCUUGCUCCUGGAUCGCUACGUGUGACCCACCGGAUGGAUGCCGCCGCCAGCUGCCGCAACAACACCGAAUAAUACCGCGAUGCUCUCAGGAGUAUAACAUUAUCUCGCCAGGCGCCAGCCCAAGCCCUCGUAUGCAUGGCACGCAGCAGUGACACGCCCCACACACGGGGCUUCAUGUUUGAUCACCCGCCCCAAAGCUCCACGCUCGCCAACACACUACGAAGACAAUGUGAUGAAGUUUGUCGUUGUAAGUCCAUCGAAUG